AUGGUUUCUGAGAACAUUGAGAAGACAGGCUCUCUAUACCCUGAUUAUUUGCGUAAGUUGAUUUUCAAAGGCCGAAUGUUGAACGUUCUUCAGAUGAAAGUAAUUGACGAUCUUGAAGCAUUUUAUGAUCCUCUUGAAAAGGUCGAACCCGUUGGACCAUUUGAGCACAACGAUCCUGGCCAUCGAGCCGAUCCAGAAUUUCCCAAUCUUUUCAAAACUGCAACCAAGAUCCUAGAGCUGAGUCCUCAUUGUGGGACAGAGCUACAGGGAGUUCAAAUUUCGGAACUUUCCAGUGAAGGUCUUGAUGAACUUGCUCUCCUCGUUGCUGAGCGAGGGUGUCUUUUAUUCCGUGAUCAAAGUUUCACGGAUCUAGGAUUUGAGAAGCAGAGGGGGAUUGCCUCUCAUUUUGGCCCUCUUCACAAACAUGGAUGGAUGCCACACCCUCAAAAUGGACCGGAGGAAUUUGUGAUUGUCUAUGAUUCGAAAGACGAUCUACGCAUUCGCAAGUCAUGGGCAAGGAAAAGUCCAAUUCAAUUUCAUGUUGAUCAGUCUCCCGAAACGCAGCCACCCGGUGCGACAUUCUUCUGCAUGCUCGAGUCUCCUCCUGGGGUCGGCGGCGAUACUAUCAUCUCCAAUAUGACCCGCGCUUUCGAACGCCUAUCUCCAUCCUUCCGCAGACGUCUUGAAGGACUCAAAGCCAUCCACACAACCGCGAACCCAAUCAUGCGUGAGAUCCGUGAUAACGGCAACAGUGCCGCCCUCCGUCGCCCAAUCACCAAAUCCGUGCACCCAGUCGUUGUUGUGCAUAGUGUGACAAAAAAGAAGGCCUUGUUUGUGAAUUCCUCCUAUACACAAAGCAUUGUAGGCUGGGACGAAGAAGAGUCGGAUUAUCUGUUGAAGUUUCUCUUCGAUCAUAUCAAUCGAGGUCAUGACUUCUGCUGUCGGGUGAGAUAUGAGCCUGGUACGGUGGUGAUUUGGGACCAGCAUGUGACACAGCAUUCUCAGACACUCGAUUAUACCGCUGGGGCUAGAAGACAUGCGUUCCGGUUGACACCCCUUGCUAAUGUACCAAUUCCCAGUCUGGUCGAGGAAGAUGAUGGGGAGUGUGCUAAGGAUGAGGGCAGAAUGAUGCUGAAUCUUUGUUGA